CAGAAAAUGCAGACCAGAUCAAGGAAGCCAAAGGGAGGAUUUGAAGAAAACGACCACUGUGACAUCAUCUACGUUGACAUAGACCAAAUUCCUGAAGACUUAAAAGAAGUCACAAGGGAGAACUUUCUUUCAGCCAUAAUUCACCCUCUCACUAUUGAAGAGUUCAGGGAGAAAUAUUACAGACAAAAAGCUCUACUUAUCAAAUGUGGUGAGGUCAGCAGGUAUUCUGAGAUCAUUCAGGAGCAACUCCAUGAUUUAGAUCUUUAUGACUUGUGAGAAAACACCGCAAGCGAACAAGUCCAUAUCUGGUACCCAGACAGGAAAGGAUCCAACCGUAAAGAGCAAAAGGAGACAGAUAGCUUCGGUACAAAUGAUAUCUCCCUUGCUCUCACUUCACUUGAGAAAGGAGGAGCCAGUCUAUAUUUCGGAGCUCCAGUAGAAUUUAGAGAAAAAUAUGUAAAGAAAUUAGCAUGCCAAUUGGGUAUGGACUACACUGCUUAUUUCCCUGAUUUCACCUCUAUGAGCGAGUGAGAAAUCUUCAUUGCUAGGGAAGGAGGAUAUACUGACUAUCACUCUGAUUUCCAGGAAAACUUUAGCAUCCAGCUACAAGGGUCCAAACUCUGGAGAAUUUGCAAGAGUGGGAUGACUUCUCCACUUGUAGGAUUCACUCCACAUUAUGCCAAUAGUGGGAAUUUAGAGCACCAGCUUAAGAUGAUUAAUAUGGAGAUUCCUCUUGAAUUUGAUAAAUCAGAAAUUGAUUCCUAUCAAGAUACCAUCAGGAUAGAUGCAGGAGAUAUUUUAUACCAUCCUGCAGGAAUCUGGCAUUCUGUAGAAUGCAUAGAAGAUUCCUUUACCAUAAAUAUAAGUCUAAAGAAUCUCAACAAGGCAGAUAUUAUUGCUCACAGCUUAAAACACCUCUUGAACCAGGAUCCUGAAUUAAGAGAGAACAUGACUUUCUCUUCAAGAGAGGACUUCAAUACUCAGAUUCAGUCAGGAAUUGAAAAAGCAUUCGAAUACCUGAAAGAUCUCACUCCAGAGGUGAUUGCUCCACAGAACCAAUUCAUUCCUAGAUAUCUCCAAUAUGAUUUUAGGAAUCAAGAGCAAUUAGACCUCAUAUGCAAGAAGCUGACCACGCCUGUGACCAAAAAGAAUAAGUUAUAUUUCAAUCCUCUCUCAAUGAUGGUUAGGAGAACCAGUAUUCCUCAGGAAGAGAUGGACGAAGGAGUUGACUUCAAAAUUCAUCACAAUUAUGCUGGAAAUCCUGACUACGAAUCCUCCAUGACAGUUGAAAUCAUUGCUGAUGAGGACAGCUAUGACUUCCUCGAGAACCUUGCAGAUCUCAGGAUCAGGGAGCCUGACUACCAGUUCAAUAUGGAGGAAAUCAACUGGAGGAAAGAUAAGAAAUUAGUCCAAGUAAUCAAGAUUCUUGUCUACCAGGGUUUCUUAGUCGUAGAUGAAGUAUAAUUCCUCUUUUUGGUAAACUCAACGAUUGCAAAAUAA